AUGCCGGCCAUCACCCUUUAUGAUAUCUCAAUCACGACGUUCCUUAAGUCUCUUAAAACCCUUAACCACAUCCUCGAGAAGGCAGAGAGCCAUGCUAAGGGGUGUGGUAAGGACCCUGAUGCUUAUGCCACAGUCGCUCUGACCGUUGAUAUGAAGCCUCUCAGUUUCCAGGUUCAGGUUGUGUCCAACACUAUCAAGAAGUCAGUCUGGCGAUUGACUGGUAUUGAUCCCGGCAAUUGGCCUGAUGAUGAAUCUACCAUUAUGGGCCUCAAAGCCCGCGUAAAAAAGACGGCGGAGCUCUUACAGAAAAUUGAUCCGAAGUCUUUGGAAGGAAAAGACGAUACUAUGGUAGAGCUACAACGUAUGCAAUUUUACGCUCUCACGGUGUCCCCCUUGGAAAAUCAGACUAUCUUGGGGGAUUCAUGA